AUGUCUCCAAGAUCAAAUAUUUCGUAUAUUUAUCAGAACAUGCUAAAUAACACACACAACAACAACAACAACAACAACAACAACAUGGCCACUCAAUACUACCAACAACAUUUAUUAAAACCUGCCACUGUUGAAAGAAUGGCACCCUCCACUAAUGGUUCCUCUUCCAUUUUCUCGGAUCAUGACGUCGAUUAUUCUGCUAAAAUAAGGGAAAUUGAAGAAUAUUACAUGAAGAAUCUUUUAAAUGAAGGCAUUAAUGUAGAUGUUGGCACUAAUGAUAAUUAUUCUGGAAGUGAUUUAUCAAGCGCUCCUUCUCCAAACCAAUCAUUCUGUAAUCAGCCAAACUAUCAAACUUUUCUACCACAAUCUGAGAAAAAUAUUCUAAACAACAAAACAAGUUUUCUCGAAGUUGAAAUAAAUAAUGCUUUCACUCCUUCAGAUUCACUACUGCCGUUAACCACAGAAAAUUUGCAAAGAUUAUCAUUAUCAGAACCAAGUGAACAACAAAACACACUUAAUGUACAUUCUGCAUCGGAAAAAUUAAUGAAACCACAAAAUACUAUCAAUAAGACUCUUUUUAAGACAGAACUGUGUGAAUCUUUCACAACAAAGGGUUUCUGUAAGUACGGAAAUAAAUGUCAAUUUGCCCAUGGUUUAACAGAACUCAAAUUUAAACAAAGAUCCAACAAUUUUAGAACUAGACCUUGUAUCAAUUGGCAAAAAUUAGGUUACUGCCCUUACGGUAAAAGGUGUUGUUUCAAACAUGGUGAUAAUAGAGAUAUUCGCAUCUACGUUAAAGCUGGCUUAGUGAAAGAACCAACGGAAUCGUCACAACAACCUCAAAAAUUCAAAAAUUUGCAUCCAAGUAUAAAAGAAUUACAGAGGAUUACCUGGUAA